AUGGAAUCACAGCGAACAAUAGGAAUUGCUCCAAAUCCUGAUUGUGUAAAGGGAGCUGUGGCGUGUCAAUGCGAACUAGGUCGUGAGAAACUGUUGACAGCACCACCCUACAAGCGUGCAACUGCUUCUUUAGAUGACGAAGCGAAGUCCCGUUUACAAACAGCACCAUGUACCAGAGAUUUAGAACAAUAUAAAUGUCCAGUGAGCCAUAUACCUGUUAAUUUCAAAUCGCCUCUUCACCCAAAUGAAGUGUUCAACAAAGUCUUCCCAUCCAAUACCCCAAUAAAACUAGUUAAACGUAAAUUAGCAAAGUUAUUAUCUGUGUCAAAUAACAAUCUUGUAUUGGCCAAAAAUAGAAAUGUCUUAAAGGAUACCGGUCUCUUAUCCGACUUGAAGACUGAUGCACUUGGUAACCUUAUGAUAGACGUAUUCACAAAAGAUUCUGAAGAUUUUUCAUUGUCUUCAAUACCUAAAGAAUUAUAUGUUCAUGAACUUAUACAAACUAUGAUGCCUAAGAAAAAAUCUAUGCCUUUUAUAGCUAUUAAAUUUAGAAUACGUAAUCAAAACGGAAUUUUCACUCGAUCAUACCAUUCAAUUAUGAAAAUACACGAAGUGAAGAAAAACUUGGCUGGUGUUUUUCAAGUCGACCCAGACAACUUAGUAUUAUUACGAGAGGAAAAGCCUUUGAAGGACCGAAUGGCUUUAUUGGAUCUCGAUUACGAUAAAUAUGGAAUAGUUGAAGUUGAAUUACUGACUAAAGAUAAUGUAAAGCUUAAUUUGGAAAAGUUAUACAAAGAAAUGCCAAUAAAUGAUGUUUUAACGGUUAUGGUACCAUUCGGAAGUACUUUAAAGCAUAUUAAUGUUGAAAUAUUUUCUGAACCUAUGAGGAAACCUUUUUUGGGUGGUUACAGAAAUGUACAUACAGGUGCGACCUACCACCAUGCCUACACUCAAACACCGCAAAAACCUGAAAAGGUACCUCCAGAAAAUAAAAACUGUCGCGAUACGCAAACCGCAGAAAUGCGAGAAAAAAUAAACGAUACCAAUUACAGUCGUGCUACACAAAUGAACAGCGUUAAUGCGUAUAUUCCAAAUGUCACCGACAAGAUUAUAGUUCCUCAACCUUAUGAGACAUAUGAUGAAAUGAUUGCAAGAUUAAAUCAUAAUCACUACGCUGCUGUAAUACAGAGAGCUUUCAGGCAUCAUCAAUUCAGACAAAAAGUGGAAAGAUGGCUUAAAGAAUGCACGGAAAGAAUCGCUAGAAUGGAGGAAGAAAAAAGAUUAGAGCGUGAAGCUAAAGAAAGAAGAUCGCGGCGAGAUCUUAUUACAAAAACGUUUCCAAAAACACGCGAAGAUUUCGAUCAACUAUACGCAAUGGUGGACCGUUGGAAACAUGCUGAAAUAGCUAGAAUAUCGCAACUCCAUUCUAAAGGGCCGAAGAUAGCCGAGUUUACACUUUUAUUAGAUAAAGAAGUAGAGCUCCUGCGUUGUAUCGAAAGUUAUAGGGUAAAAGUAAAAGAAGAUAGCAAAAAAAUUAAAGAAAAACAAUUCUUGGAGGAAAUUUCGAAACCUAUUGCAUGGUAUGGACGCGAUGGAAAAGUGAUAACAAUGGAAACAGUUGAAAUUCAAAAGGCAAGAAAAUUGAAAGAAUUGUACAACUCCUUCAUAAGAGAAGAUAUCGAUGGAAAAGAACGAAUCGAACUACUUGUCAAUAUGAAAUUUGCUUUACAAGAGUUCCGCCACCCCUUGGCCGAAGAAAUUAUUACUUUGCUAGACCGCGAGUGCGAUCUACUCGUUAGGAAAUGUAAUGACUAUCAACUUGAAUUUCUAAGACGACGCACAUCAGCCUGCGUAUUCCAAUUAAUAAAAACUUCUGAAUUGAAUUCAGGAGUAACGAAAUGUAAAGAUAUCAGAGAUUAUAGAAAAAUGGAAAACGAUAGGCUACAGUUUUGUGAAAUGUGCCAUCAAGUCAAGUUGAACACAGAUUUUCCUUUGAAUGCUAAAAUGAGUGGUUUCUUAGUGUGCACUUCUUGUUCUUGGAAGGAUGUUUCAGAACGAUGCUGGAUAGAUAUGACACCAUAUAAGUUUAUAUUGAGGGCUGUACAGCGCGACGAAAGACGUCGUAAAUGUUGGGGAUCUUUAGCGUUUGUUCUUCAAGAGAAAGAUAUAUUUUUUAUUGUAGAAAAGCUUUGGCAUUCACACUCAGCCAUUAGCGAAUGUUGUGAUAUGACGGAACUUAGGCUGUGUCGAUGGCAUGUCAAAGAAGAUUGGUCGCCAUGGAACUGUUUCUUAAUUACAUUACAAGAAAUGAAAGCUCAUUUAAAACUGGAUAAUCCUGAAGAAGUGUACGACGAGGAACUGGUGCAGAAAGUACGAAACAAACACAAAAUUGCUAAAGCCAAUUUUGAACAACUUUUAACCGUUAAUAAAAGGUUUACGGAAAGUGGUGAUUGGUCAAACAUUCGCGCUCCUGCUAUUUCUCGUGCCGAAGCAGUCGACCGAAUA